CACAGAAGGGGAAUCCUCUAUUCUGCUGAAGCAUAAUGAAGAACCGGCUGUUCUGUAUUGUUUCAUUUCUUCUAUGGACAUGCUGCACAUUCCAACAUGUGUGCACACCUGACAUUGAUUUUGGAGUAAUCAUAGAGAAUAAAAGAGCUCAAUAUCUGGAACGUGACCGGUUACAGUACAAGUGCUUCCCUGGGUAUGAAUUGGAAGGGUCUGGCUGGAUAACAUGUAAGGAAGAUGGAUGGACCCCUCGUCCAAAGUGUUUUGCACCCUGCACUAUCACAAAACAACAGCUGGAAGCCAGAAACCUGCUUUUGUACGGUGGGCAAAAACAUUCAGAAUUGAUUAAAAAUGCACAUACAAUGGAAUUCAUAUGCGUGAAAGGAUACAUAAUAAUCUCUCCUUCUGUGAGAAUGUGCAUUGAUGGGACCAUGGACCUGCCAUCCUGUAACCCUGUUGUGUCUGACCAAGAGACUUCCGUCACUGGUGACAUCCCUACAUUAACCGUACUUCCUAAAAUUCCCUUUUCUGUUUCACCACAAGUGAUGUGCACUGCCCCAGAAAUAGGUGGUGGCAACUUCUUUCCUGUAAAGAGUCAGUACAAAUUUGAGGAAGUGAUCUCUGCUAAAUGUAAUCAGGGAUAUCAGCUGCAAAGCCGCAAGAGCUCUUUUAAAUGUACAAAGUAUGGCUGGUUACCAUCUCCAAAGUGUGUACCAAAGCAAUGUGAUUAUCCCCAUAUAGAGAAUGGAGCACUAUCUUGGUCUAACACAUACUACAGUGAUGUCUAUUUUCCAAAAAAGGAGGGACAGACAAUUAGUUUCAGAUGCAAGCACGGCUUUCUGCCAGAAAAUAAAAAGUACUGGUAUAGAAUUAGAUGCACCAGUUUGGGCUGGGAUCCAGAACCGAAAUGUUUCAGACUGUGCACCCCUCCUAAACACUUGCCACAUGGUGAAGUAAUUUACGACUCUAAGAAUAACUUCAUCGAGGGUGAUAACGUUUCGUUUCGUUGUGAUGCAGGAUAUCGACCUGAAAACCAAGCAACGGCCACGUGUACAAAAAAUGACUGGUCGCCUACUCCAAGCUGUUCCUCCCUGUGUAAGCUUUACUUGAUAACUGAUCAAUACACCUUGGAUUGUGGAUACAGCCUAUGUGAUUCUGCCUUAAACAAGCCGCAUUAA